AUGGCGCCAAAUCCCUCACCUUCCUCAACACGGCAGCCGCUGAAGCUACUCAUGCUCCACGGCUACACGCAAUCCGGCCCGCUCUUCCACGCCAAAUCCCGCGCCCUGGUCAAGCACAUCCAGAAAGCCUUCCCCACGCACGACGUCAAUGCCGUCUACCCAACGGGGCCCCUGCGUCUUGACCCAACCGACAUCCCCGGCCACGAGCCAUCCAGCAACAAAGAGGAAGAAGCCAAGAUCGAUGCGUAUGGCUGGUGGCGCCGGUCGAACACGGCCGAUCCCCCGCUGUACCAGGGGAUGGAGGAGGGACUCGCAGCCGUGGCGAAAGUCCUGUCUGAAGAAGGCCCCUUCGAUGGCGUGAUUGGGUUCUCGCAGGGCGCGGCGAUGGCGGGCAUGGUGGCCGCGUUGCUGGAGCCAGGGCGGAAGGAGGCCUUUGCGCAUUUUGCGGCGGAGCAGGGGCUGGGGAUGUCUUUUCCCGAAUCCUUCGACCCCAACACACUGCAACACCCGCCGUUCAAGUUCGCGCUUUGCUAUAGCGGUUUCCGUGCGCCGGGGGCCCGAUAUCGUGGGUUCUAUGAGCGUCCGCAUAUCCUAACUCCGGUUCUGCAUGUGCUGGGUUCGUUGGAUGCUGUUGUUGAGGAGAGUCGCAGUCGAGCGUUGAUUGAUGCCUGUUCUGGGGAUCCGGAGAAGGACGGGUUCGUUGUGUGGCACCCUGGUGGCCAUUUCUUGCCCAGUCAGCGGCCGUACCUGGAUGCGGCGGUGCGGUUUAUUCGGGAGCAGCUGGAGCGGAAUAAGGGUAGUGCGGACAAGAAGAAUGAGGAGGAUGUGAAUGAUAUGGAUGUGCCGUUUUAG